AUGGCGGCGUGGCUGGGCCGGUUGUCUUUGGGAAAUGCCUGGUACAGCAUGUACUCCCGCCUACUACGGACCAAGCCUGUGGGCUCUAUGGCUCACAGCUCAGACGAGGUUACUGAGAUGGAAGAGGGGUCUGUGGUUGGACUGGCAAAAGUUCUGACCACUGUGGACUUGGUUUCGCUCGGGGUGGGCAGCUGUGUCGGCACAGGGAUGUAUGUGGUUGCUGGACUGGUUGCCAAGGCGAUGGCUGGGCCAGGGGUCAUCCUGUCUUUCAUCAUUGCAGCUGUGGCAUCCGUACUGUCAGGAGUGUGCUAUGCAGAGUUUGGUGUCCGGGUCCCCAAAACGACCGGCUCGGCCUACACAUACAGCUAUGUGACAGUUGGGGAAUUCGUGGCGUUCUUCAUCGGAUGGAACCUGAUCCUGGAGUACCUGAUAGGCACAGCAGCAGGGGCCUCCGCUCUCAGCAGCAUGUUUGACUCUCUGGCCAAUCACAGCAUCAGCAAUUACAUGAUAACACAUCUGGGCACGCUCAGAGGACUCGGUAAGGGCGAGGACACGUAUCCUGACCUGCUGGCCCUGUUCAUCGCCCUGCUGGUCACAGGGAUCAUAGCGCUUGGUGUGAGGAACUCUGUUGGCUUCAAUAACAUCCUGAAUGUGGUCAACAUGGUGGUCUGGGUCUUCAUAAUCAUGGCCGGACUGUUCUUCCUCUCAGCAAGUAACUGGGAGAGUGGCAAAUUCUUGCCAUAUGGCUGGUCAGGGGUGAUGCAAGGUGCAGCAACAUGUUUCUAUGCCUUUAUCGGCUUCGACAUCAUUGCAACGACAGGAGAGGAGGCGAAAAACCCCAACACCUCCAUCCCCUAUGCCAUCACUGCCUCACUGGUCACCUGCCUCACCGCCUAUGUGUCGGUGAGUGUGAUCCUGACUCUCAUGGUUCCCUACAACCUGAUCGAUGGCUCGGCUCCUCUGAUGGAGAUGUUUGCUGUGCACGGCUUCAUGUGGGGGAAGUACACGGUGGCUGUUGGCUCCAUCGCUGGUCUCACUGUUUCCCUGCUGGGCUCCCUGUUCCCGAUGCCCAGGGUUAUUUAUGCCAUGGCCCGGGACGGACUGUUGUUCAGGUUCCUGUCGCAUGUGUCGGCGCUCACACACACUCCCACUGUGGCAUGUGUUGUGUCUGGAAGCCUGGCAGCCAUCCUUGCUCUGCUGGUGAGCCUCAGAGACCUGAUCGAGAUGAUGUCCAUUGGCACUCUGCUGGCUUACACUCUGGUUAGUGUGUGUGUGCUGUUACUGCGCUACCAGCCCGACCAACAGAUCGACACACACCAGUUUAACUCUGAGGAAGACAUCAAUGGCCUGAAGUUCCAAGAUGGUGAACCUGUUUCCACAAAAGACGACCAGACACUUUAUGGAGAAUCAGAUCAUGACGGGUCAUCUUCUUAUCACACUGGUGGGACUGAAGGGGAGGGAGACGGCUCUGAUUUCCACACAGGCCAUGCCUCGCUGAUGAAAAGGCUUCUGGGAGGUCAUUACUACACCCUGAGACUUCGGUUAGGAAUGCCUGAUUCUUCAGCACGGCCCACCCCUGCUUCUGGCCGCAUAGUGACCAGAUGCACCCUCCUCUUCUUCUUCACAUCCUUCCUCCUGUGGUCCACUGUCAUAUUUGGUGUUGAGCAGGGCACAGGGGCCGGAGCAGUGUUUUCAGGUCUGAUGGCCGUACUGAUGGUUGGAUCCUUGGCAAAGCUUUUGAUUCUGAUCAUACAACAGCCAGAGAGCACACGGAGGCUGCCCUUCAUGGUGCCAUGCGUGCCCUUCAUCCCUGCAGCGGCCAUAUUGGUCAACAGCUACCUCAUGCUCAAACUGUCUCCACUCACCUGGGCCAGGUUCAUCAUCUGGUGCCUCAUAGGUCUGCUCAUUUAUGGUUGUUAUGGAGUGUGGCACAGUACACUGGAGCUAAAUGCCCGUGAGCAGCAGGCGCACUCCAGCUCCUACCAGCGCUAUGAUGACCACCUGGAUGACACCUUCUCUGCUGACGUGUACCCCCAGGAACAGGAUGAGAGGCCAUACCAGGGUUGGUCUGCCCCAGAUGAGAGGGGAUACCACAACCAACAGCAGAACCAAGGUGAUGACCAAGAAAGCGAGCAGCAGAGCCAAUAUGAGGAUGAUGGCGAGCAGUACGGGUACCAGUCUGGAGCAGGAGACCAGGAUACAAGGGGCAACAGCAAGUCCAGAGGAAGGACCAAUUACGGAUUUGAUGAAGAUGACUGAACUAAGGAAGUUUCAUACUUUUCCAUCCACCAAAAAAGGAAAGAAUCCCAAAAUCUGCAAGCAUGGAUAAAAUGUUUAAUUCUGCAUGUGAUUCUGAAUGAAAUGAAAUCCUACUGAACAAGAUUUUAUGUUGAUAUUAACUAAUGAAGCGCACUGCAGCUGCAGAAGCUUCGUAGUUUGUGAGAUUGGUCCCGUCUUCCUUCACAGCCCAAUAACCCUGCUCUGCCGUGUUAGUGCUGAAGCUAAGCUCAUAUUACAUGUUGUUGUGGUUCAACAUUUGGCCUGAUAUUAUUCCUGUGUGGUGUGAAUGAAGAAAAACUGAUAUGAAUCACUUCCGUCAUUAUUCAGUGGAUUACAUGUGGAGGAAGGCAGUGAUGAUGAUGAUGGAAAAAUGACAAUGUUUCAGGUUUC